AUGCUCGGCCGCGAAUCAAUCCCGUCGUCGAGUUUUCGACACGCUCAGGCUAAUGCGCGAGCUCUAUAUACGGAAACGAGAACCGCGACCAUCACGACUCGAGCGCAUCAUCAAAAUUUACAGUAUGAACUCCCGGCGACAUUUCUUCCGGCCAUUCAAGAAGCCAUCUCGCGUCGCGUGGACGAGCCGGGUCAUCAUCUUUUUCGAGAUGCAUUUCUCGUCGUGGUGGGAAAGGGAUUAAAGUUACGACCGUGGAAGACGGCCAGCUGGACGAGCACGAUGGACUAUUUCUUUAACUGGUUCGAAUCGCGAUUUGACUCGCAAUACUGGACCGAGGAUGCGGUUCAUAUCGACGUCGGUCAAGAGACGCUCCCGUCGUCGUCGUCGGCAUGUAGUCUCUUAUGGCGAGAAGACUUUCUGCGUUUAUUUGCGGCGUGUCUCGAUGCGUAUGAAGAAUCGCCAUCGACGUUGACACCCACUCUUUUCCCAUGGGGCUUUGUGCGCGGCGUGAAUGAUGCUACGCUCGAAAUUCCCCUGACAUCUUCGCUUCGUGCUCAAGGUUUAUCGUACGUUCAACAUUACGCCAGUUUCAAGGAGAUCUUUGCCGCCGGCAACACGUAUCCCUUUUCCAAUACGGGUUUAUCCAAUUUGACGUUAAGCCCCGACGUGCUGACCACGUUUCAACAGAUCGGAGGUGCCAUCAGUGUUCGACCGGAGGUGCUCGCGCGGGCUUAUAUCCACAGUAAACGUCGCUGUCAUUAUGGACUGUGGGCGUCCGCCGCGACGUCGUACGGGACGCGCUGGGAGUGUCGAGUGACCCUCGGUCUUCUUCGACAGAUCGAUCAGUGUGCUCGUCACCACCUCUCUUCGACCAUAGUUCCCGUUCAUCGAACGGGGCCCGACUCUUGGGUGGCUUAUCCGACCGAAACCUUGGUGGAAUGGUAUCGAUGGAACCUCAACAAGUUCUGUUUCGGCUUCGAGACCCUUUAUGGGCGUUGUCAGAAAAAACCCUACAUUGCCUGGGAACACACUCAACUCAUGAUUCUGAUGCUUCAAUGUAUCUCGUGCUUCGCCGGGGUUCUGAUUCCGGGUACGUAUCCUCAACUAUGGCUGGAUCGUUACCAACCCCGUUCUCGUCGAGGUGGUUUAUCCGUCACGGCCUCGAAACCUCGACACGGGCUCGGAAUCGGAAUCAAUAUGCACGAGUUCGGCUACGGGUGGUUUGUCGACCACAUCGACUGGGCGAACUGGGUACUCCGGCCGGAGAUCAGUGGUCAAUUCCGCGUUCAGUCGAUCUCGAUCUUGACGACGUUUCGAGCUCAAUAUCGACGACUUCGAAAUCAUAUGGACGACUACGUGUUGGUGGCUUCAUCGGUCUCGCUUCUGUCACGGUGGAAAGAGUCGUCGGCUCAUGUGGCCUUCAUCAUGCGACUCUUUCGAGCGAUUUGCUUUCGAGCUUUACUUCGAGACGUCUUCCAGAUUCUUCGACCCUAUAUUAACUCGAACCAUUGGUCCGACAUCGCGAACGGGAAACGAGGAUUAAGUAUGGAUACACUUAAUUUAGCCGAGGCGCGCACGCAUCUCCGCACCGCCGUAACGGUGAACUCGUAUCGUCACGCCGCGGUGGCCAUGUCCCGAGUUCAUCUUCGAUGUGGUGGGUUCAAGAAGGAUUAUGGGCUGGAGGAGAAGGGAGUGGAUCACCAAACGACGCACACCUCGUGGACCGCCGGCACCAUUUACGCUCGAGGAUUCGAAGACGCCCCGGGAUUCGUCGAGGCUCGCCGAGCCGAGUUUCGACAG